AUGGCCGCCAAGCCCACAGUGCCGGUUGCUCUGUCUUCCGAGUCAAUUGACGACCUCAUCUACGAUGCCCGAGCUGGUGACCUCGAGGCUCUGAACGCCGACAUUGCGGCUCUUGCUACGCAGCACAACUGUCCCGAGUGGCAAAUUGUAGCUUCGGCCAUUGAUCUCGAGGAGGAGAGCGAGGGCGGUUCCGGAUCUUGCGUGCUGCAUUUCCCCGCUGCUAAUGGAAGCGCUGAAAUCCUCAACUCUCUCCUGCAAAAGUUGGCUGCUGCGGAUGUGGAGCAGCGCACGGCUCUCCUUAACCACUGCAACUACUCUGGUAACACCCCUCUGCACUGGGCUGCGUUGAACACACACUUGGAGUGUGUUAAGGCCCUUGUUGAGGCUGGUGCGGAUGUUGCUAUUAAGAACGGUGCUGGACAUGAUGCUGUCUUCCUUGCUGAGCGGGCUGCCUGGUCUGCCUCUGCGGAGGAAGUCAAGGAGGAUGAAGAGGGUAACCAGGAGAUCGAGAUGACUAUCGGCGAGAGUGAAGAAGGUGCCGGUGGUGAGGACCAGGGUCCUGGUGAGAUGUCUGCGGGCAGACAAGUUGUUGAGUGGCUGUUGAGCUCCGAGAAGGCGGGAAGCUUGGAGAGUGGUGCUAAUGAGGGUAGUGCCUCGGCUUAA